AUGCUCUGGACGCCUGUUUGGGUUGCACCUGCGCAGCUGCCCACCCCAGCAACAUCGUCAAGUCCUGUCCGAGCUUUCCGGAAGCCACGAAGGAGUUAUGGAGCAGGUGCAUGGCUCGGAGCUGGGCUGGCGGUCACAGCGCGGGUCGUGCGCCGUGCUUCCGACACAGACGCUGCGUCCAACCAGCGGUUGGUCGACAAUCUUCAGCGUCAGGUAGCCAGGUUGGAAGAAGAAAACCGGCAGCUUCAAGCUGAAGUGUUAGCUGCAAAGAGCAGUUUUCCAGCUGAAGAUGUCGAACAGUCGGCAGCCUCCGUGAGCUUGCCAGGACGGUUCGCGUUUCCGAAGGCAGACCUCCCAUUUCCGCUGCAGUCGCUUCGAUUGGUGCCUCCAGAGCAGGGACUUGAGUACAGAGAGGAAGAAGGCGACUGGAUUUCUCUCUUCAGGAAUGCGGCACCUUACAUAGCAGCCUUCAGGGGUGGUACCGUGGUGGUGCACCUGCCCUCGUUCAUGCUGGAGGAUGACAUGCAGGAGACAUUCCGUGGCCUCAUGGAGGAUGUCGCCUUUUGCUCUUUGCUCGGGCUGCAGAUGGUGCUCGUCACCUCCAUCGAGUGCAGGCUUUGGCAACGGUUGCGACCCGAUGAGGCCUUCCCGUCCAGCGAUGGUUCUGGGACAAAGGCAAGCAGUCAAUGUUGGGCACUCCGAUUGAUGUCGAUUCUGCUGGGUGAUGUAUGCCGUCGUACACAUCCGGCUGUAUCGGCUCAAGAACAAGCAGCCGCCAUGUUGUUCGAGCCGGGGGUGCGCACUGCAUGGUGCAUGCAGUUCAUGCGGAUGCAGGCGGGGCAGGGACAGCCAGAGACGGCCAUUGACAGCGAGACGGAGUCUGCAGUGCAAAGCAUCAAGAGCUUUCUGAAGGCAUAA